GCUCGCACAUCCGCCAUGCCUGGGACCCCACCAAGUCCGUGGCACAGAACCUGGCCGAGAUGGGCCUGGCCGAGGACCCCAACAAGGCCGUCCCCAUCCCCAAGAAGAUGCUGGGGAUGGAAGUGGAAAGCAGUGGACAAGGGCAAGGAAAGAGACUCGUGCGGAAGCCCUACGUGGUGACGGAGAUGGAAUAUGAGGCCAGUCUCCCUGAGAAGAAGUCAAACACUCUCUCACGAGACCUCAUUGACUACGUGCGCUACAUGAUCCAGAACCACGGGGAGAACUACAAGGAAAUGGCUCUGGAUGAGAAGAACUACUACCAGGAUACUCCCAAGCAGAUUAAGAGAAAGAUCAAUGUGUACAAAAACUUCUAUCCUGAGGAGUACAAGGAUUUAAUCUCAUCACUCAAGCAGGAAAAGAUGGAUGUGCAGUGACUGACCUUUUUUGUUAGGUUUGCCUGCAAGUGCAGGUAUGAUGUGACCAUUU